GAGGUGACGGCGCCACGGAUUGACCGCGUUCCCUCAGCAUUUUGCAGCUUUCCUCUGUCUUGGGAAAAAGAACAGUGCCCGAGGCAAUUUUUGCCCCCUCCAGACUCAGGAGCAUGAAAGUCAUCACGUGCGAAAUAGCCUGGCACAACAAGGAGCCGGUGUACAGCCUGGACUUCCAGCAUGGGACGGCCGGGAGGAUCCACAGGCUGGCGUCUGCAGGCGUGGACACCGCUGUCAGGAUCUGGAAGGUAGAAAAAGGACCAGAUGGAAAAGCCAUAGUGGAAUUUUUGUCCAAUCUUGUUCGUCAUACUAAAGCCGUCAAUGUCGUGCGUUUUUCUCCAGCUGGGGACAUUUUAGCAUCAGGAGGAGAUGAUGCUGUCAUCCUAUUGUGGAAGGUGAAUGACAACAAGGAACCAGAGCAGAUUGCCUUUCAGGAUGAAGACGAGGCUCAGAUGAACAAGGAGAAUUGGGCUGUUGUAAAAACUCUGAGAGGCCACUUAGAAGAUGUGUAUGAUAUCUGCUGGGCAACUGAUGGGAAUUUAAUGGCUUCUGCCUCUGUGGAUAACACAGCCAUCAUAUGGGAUGUCAGUAAAGGACAAAAGAUAUCAAUUUUUAAUGAACAUAAAAGUUAUGUACAAGGAGUAACCUGGGAUCCUUUGGGUCAAUAUGUUGCUACUCUGAGCUGUGACAGGGUAUUGCGGGUGUACAGCACGCAGAAGAAACGUGUGGCUUUUAAUGUUUCAAAGAUGCUGUCUGGAAUAGGAGCUGAAGGAGAGGCAAGAAGUUACCGGAUGUUUCAUGAUGACAGCAUGAAGUCAUUCUUUCGUAGACUCAGUUUUACUCCGGAUGGGUCUUUGCUCCUCACACCAGCUGGAUGUGUGGAAUCUGGUGAAAAUGUAAUGAAUACAACUUACGUUUUUUCCAGGAAAAAUCUUAAAAGGCCUAUCGCUCACCUUCCGUGUCCUGGAAAAGCAACGCUUGCUGUCCGCUGCUGCCCAGUCUACUUUGAAUUGAGGCCGGUGGUGGAAGCAGGUGUAGAGCUGAUGCAUCUGCCCUACCGCCUGGUGUUCGCUGUGGCGUCAGAGGACUCCGUGCUCUUUUACGACACCCAGCAGCCCUUCCCUUUUGGCUAUGUGUCUAACAUACAUUACCACACCCUGAGUGAUGUCUCCUGGUCCAGCGAUGGGGCCUUCCUGGCCAUUUCUUCCACGGAUGGUUAUUGUUCAUUUGUAACAUUCGAGAAGGAUGAACUUGGAAUUCCUUUGAAAGAGAAGCCAGUUUUGAGCAUGAGAACUCCUGAUACAGCAAAGAAAACUAAGAGUCAGACGCACCAAGGGUCUUCACCAGGAUCUAGACCUGUAGAGGGAACCCCCACCAGCAGAAUCCAAGACCCCAGCAGCCCGUGUACGACGCCCCCUCAGGCCAAACAGUCUCCAGCCCCAACGGUGAUCAAGGACACUCCCUCAAUUACUCCUGGUGUCAAAAGCUCCUUGCCAGCACCUUCAGAGGAGAAGAACCUGCAGCCCAGUAGUCAAAACACAAAAGCCCACCCAUCCCGAAGGGUCACUCUGAACACAUUGCAAGCCUGGAGCAAGACAACGCCCCGGAGAAUAAAUUUAAUGCCCUUAAAGACAGAUCCUUCACCCAAUUCUAUACCAGCCAGUGAAAUUUCCACCCCUUUCACAGAAAAAAUUCAAUCAGAGAUGCCUGGAGACCCUCAAGGCAGUCCUCCAGAGCUGAAAAGGCUCAGACUUGAUGGAAACAAAGGAAGCAUCCAAAGUCUGGACUCUUGA